UCUAAUACAAUACGACAGCAAGAAGAAGAGAUCCUGCGAAAAUUCGCUUUUCUUUCGAGUUUUCAUUGAUUAAACAAAUCGCAGAGUAACAACAGCAUCGUGGAAAAUGUCGCUUUUCCGCAAACCGAAGAAAAUCCAGCGACGCGUGUUCUCCAGCAACGCUGACGAAGAGGAGGACGGCGGAUCCUUGGAUCCGGACGCCGAAAUGGAGGCGCCUCCGCCUCCCAUAAUUUCCGGCAAGAGGGAGAAAGAGAAGAGCCGGAAGGCCAUAAAGCCGCAGGAGGACAACAGCAAGCCAAAGGCGCUGCUCAGCUUCGCAGAUGAUGAGGACGACGUCGAGGUCUUCCAGGUGCGAAAGUCGUCGCAUAGCAAGAAAGUGAUGCGCAUGCUGGACAAGGAACGCCGCAAGAAGAAGCGCGAGGAACGGGCGGAAAACAGCGGACUUCCCGGGGGCGAAAAUGGUAGUACACAGCAUUUAGAGUCGUACGGUGGCCCAUCAUCGGGUCCCCCCAAUUCCAACUCAAAUCCUGCCAAUGCUGGCAGAUAUAAAAGUGCCAGCGAUCAGAGUAAAAGUAAAAAAAGUGAUAAUCAUAUGAUCCAAACCGAAAUACGCACAGACGACUUUGUGCUAGUGGUAAAGAAAUCUGAGACUCCCGAGGCAAUUCUGAACGGUAGAGCUGCCCUUUGCGCUGGACGGGAGGAUAUGAGCGACGAAGAAGACCAGCAAUCCGAGGAUGGUGGCCAUGACAAAACGCGUCACCGUUUCUCCAAGCCAGAACAUCUGAAGCAGAUGCUCGAAAGUGGUUCCAUUCCGGAUGCAGCAAUGAUACAUGCUGCCCGAAAACGUCGGCAAAGGGCUAGAGAACAGGGUGCAGGCGACUACAUACCUAUUGAGGAGCCCAAAGAGCCGGCCAAGCUAAGCAACCGUCUGCCCUGCGAAGAUGUUGAGGGUGAUCAGUCGGAUGACGAAGAACGCAUGGACAUGAACGAUAUUACUGGACGCAAAGAGCGUGAAGAGCGGCGCGAGCAGUUUUAUGCUGUCGAAAAUGAUUCCACCGACGGAGAUUCAGAUCGCGAGAUGAACGAGUGGGAGAACCAGCAGAUCCGCAAGGGUGUAACGGCAGCCCAGUUGGUCCAUUCUCAGCAUGAAACCGUGCUAUCCCGUUUUAUGAUCAAGCCUGCCACACCGGGCAUCGGCACCGGCAUGGACGACGGAGAUUCAACUGCGGCACAGUCCACGUCCACUCUGCUGGAGCAGGCGUAUGCUAAGAAUGCCCUUGAGCGCACCAACUUAGCCGCAGCAGUUCGAUCAUCCGUCAAAACCAAGAAGGAAAAGGCCAAGGCUGCUGCAUUGCGAACUCCUCAGGAAAUCCUCGCUGCCAUCCAAUCGCGUCUUAGCGAGCUUAAAGAGCGGUCGGCUGAUCACAGUGCUACUAUGGCCAGGAUUAGUACGGAACUAAAGGCAUUAAAGCUCCAGCAGUUGGAGUGUCAGCAGAAUGCACCGACAGCGGCAGCAAAGUACAAGUUUUACCAAGAAAUAAAGUGCUAUGUGAAUGACCUUGUCGACUGCCUCUCGGAAAAAGCGCCAGUCAUAUACGAUCUUGAGAAGCGUGCACUGCAACAGUAUGGCAAAAAUCAACGUUAUUUGGUAAACAGACGGAGGCAGGAUGUACGUGACCAGGCCAAAGAAAUCGCCGAAUCAGCAAAACCUGUAACAGCUGCCUCCCGCCGAGCACCUGAAUAUGAAGAACAAGUUCGCCGUGCAGCGGAACGGGAGGGUCGAAGGACACGUCGCCGGUGCGAGCGCGAGCGCAAUGAUCUGCUCUCGUCCCACCUGGAUGGCAUGUCCAGCGACGAUGAGAUUGCCGAUCAACAGCAGGAACUGAGUGUGACUACAAUGACGCAGAUAGAAUCACAGUCGGUGGAGGCCUUUGAGGACGUAACCGACGACUUCAGCAAGAUCGAGCUAAUACUAAUGAAGUUUUUUGCCUGGCGUAAGACUGACAUGUCGUCAUACCAGGACGCAUUUGUUAGCCUGUGCCUUCCGAAACUCUUGGCGCCGCUGGUGCGACACGAACUUGUUCUUUGGUCGCCUCUGCUGGACGAGUACGAGGAUAUAGAAAAUAUGCGAUGGUAUCAGGCCUGCAUGCUUUAUGCCUCCCAGGCAGAUGAAACCGUGGAGCAGCUGAAGAUCGAUCCGGAUAUCAAUCUGGUGCCGGCGCUCAUCGAAAAGAUUGUGCUGCCCAAGGUGACUGCUCUGGUCACGGAAUGCUGGGAUCCAUUGUCUACCACACAGACCCUGAGAUUGGUUGGGUUCAUCAAUCGAUUAGGUCGCGAGUUUCCCUUAAGCGGCACAAAUAAGCAGCUUCACAAACUGUUUGAAUCCAUCAUGGAUCGCAUGCGGUUGGCCCUAGAAAACGAUGUAUUUAUACCCAUUUUUCCAAAGCAAGUGCAAGAGGCGAAGACCUCGUUCUUUCAGAGACAGUUUUGCAGUGGUCUAAAGCUGUUUCGCAAUUUCCUAAGCUGGCAGGGCAUCCUGGCUGAUAAGCUACUGCGCGAGCUGGCGAUUGGAGCGCUUCUGAAUCGUUACCUGUUGCUAGCUAUGCGAGUCUGCACGCCAAACGAUGCCAUAAACAAAGCUUACAUCAUUGUGAAUACCCUGCCUACAGUCUGGUUGUUACCCAACAGCGAGACCCUCAAGAACAUGGAACUUUUUAUAGGAUAUAUUAAACAAACAUUAGAGAACUGUGAUGCAAGCAAUCCAAUCUUUAUGCAAUCCAGCGAUAAAGCCAAGCAAAUACUACAAAGACUACAUAGUUUAUAAAGUGCAGGGACAAACAUCGCUCACAUCAAUCCUAACAAUCAAAUUCUCGUUGUAAAGAAAUGCACAACUUAUAUCGGUCUUGUUAGAAAAUCUUGUAUAUAAGUAGCUCCGUAAGAGAUCUAUUUAAUUGAAGCUUGAGCUUACCAAACUAAAUGGAGAACAGCCCUUCCAAACUAAUCAAUUUUAAAUCGUUUUUCCAACAACCCAAACACUCGACAGUGAUAAAGCUAGGAACGCUGUUUAAAGCUCAUCGUUUUGUAACUUCAUGCAUAGCAGUAAUAAAAACAAAAAACAUAAACUAUGAAAA